AGGACCGCUCACAGGUGUGUGCGGCAGGCCAGGUGGGGCGACCGCACCCGCGCCUGGAGCUGGGCGCAGCUGGCCCGGCCCUCCCCGAAGAAAGCACGCGACACUCCGGGGCCGCCAGUUAAAGCGCGGCGGGCGAGGACGGCCGGCCACCGUCUGCUCCCGUUCCUGGUCUUCGGCGGCCGAGCGGCGGCCCAGGAGCGGAGCUGCCCGGGAGAAUCAGGAGAGGGUGUGGGCUGCCCCAGUGGAGACUGCACUGUGUCCUGUCACUUCUGAAGUGAGGAAGAGAGUCUUCCCGUUCCUGCCAUCCGUGGAUAGAGGAGCUGGGCUGGAAGCAUGUGGCAGGUCCUGAGAGGCUGGAGGGGGGCAUGUCUGAGCCCACGUGGAGCCCUGGCCUGGGCUGUGGAGGGCCAGCCACGGCCACCCUGCACACGGGCCAUCGCCAGUGCCGCCUCUGCUGGCCAGGAUGAGUACAGCUUCGUGGUGGUGGGCGCAGGCUCUGCUGGCUGUGUGCUAGCCAAUCGGCUCAGCGAGGACCCGAGUUGUCGGGUGCUGCUGUUGGAGGCAGGGCCCAAGGACUUGCUGAUGGGGAGCAAGCGGCUCCAGUGGAAGAUCCACAUGCCUGCUGCCCUUGUGGCCAACCUGUGUGAUGACAAAUACAACUGGUACUACUACACCGAGGCGCAGCCCGGCAUGGAUGGCCGUGUACUGUACUGGCCGCGAGGCCGGGUCUGGGGGGGCUCCUCAUCCCUCAAUGCCAUGGUCUACAUCCGCGGACAUGCCGAGGACUACAACCGCUGGCACCGCCAAGGUGCCGAGGGCUGGGACUAUGCACACUGCCUGCCCUACUUCCGCAAAGCGCAGAGGCACGAGCUGGGUGCCAACAGGUAUCGAGGUGGCGAUGGCCCACUGCACGUGUCUCGGGGCAAGACCAACCACCCCCUUCACCAGGCCUUCCUACAGGCAGCACAUCAGGCUGGCUACCCGCUCACCGAAGACAUGAAUGGCUUCCAACAGGAGGGCUUCGGCUGGAUGGACAUGACCGUCCACCAAGGGAAGCGCUGGAGCACAGCCUGUGCCUACUUGCACCCCGCACUGAGCCGCCCCAACCUCAAGGCGGAGACGCAGGCGCUUGUGAACAGAGUGCUAUUUGAGGGCACACGUGCAGUGGGUGUGGAGUACUUCAAGAACGGCCAGAGCCACAAGGCUUACGUCAGCAAGGAGGUGAUCCUGAGUGGGGGUGCCAUCAACUCUCCACAGCUGCUCAUGCUCUCUGGUGUUGGGAAUGCAGAGGACCUCAAGAAACUGGGCAUCCCUGUGGUAUGCCAUCUGCCUGGAGUUGGCCAGAACCUGCAAGACCACCUGGAGGUCUACAUCCAGCAGGCGUGCACACGUCCCAUCACCCUCCACUCAGCCCAGAAGCCUCUGCGGAAGGCCUGCAUCGGUCUGGAGUGGCUCUGGAAGUUCACAGGGGAUGGAGCCACAGCCCACCUGGAGACGGGAGGGUUCAUCCGCAGCCGGCCUGGGGUACCGCAUCCAGACAUCCAGUUCCACUUCCUGCCAUCACAAGUGAUUGACCAUGGUCGGAAACCCACCCAGCAGGAAGCUUACCAGGUACACGUGGGAACCAUGAGGGCCACAAGUGUGGGCUGGCUCAAACUGCGAAGCACCGACCCUCGAGACCACCCUGUGAUUCAGCCCAACUACUUGUCCACAGAAACCGAUGUUGAGGACUUCCGUCAAUGUGUGAAACUUAGCAGAGAAAUUUUUGCACAGGAAGCCUUUGCUCCCUUCCGGGGCAAAGAGCUGCAGCCUGGAAGCCAUGUCCAGUCAGACAAAGAGAUAGAUGCCUUUGUGCGGGCAAAAGCAGACAGUGCUUACCACCCCUCCUGCACCUGUAAGAUGGGCCAGCCCUCUGACCCCACUGCCGUGGUCGACCGGCAAACCAGGGUCCUUGGGGUAGAAAACCUCAGAGUUGUUGAUGCCUCCAUCAUGCCCAGUGUGGUCAGCGGCAACCUGAACGCUCCUACUAUAAUGAUUGCAGAGAAAGCAGCGGACAUCAUUAAGGGGUGCCCUGAACUCUGGGACAAGGAUGUUCCUGUCUACAAGCCACAGACUCUGGCCACCCAGCGUUAAGGCAGCCACUGCCUGAGGAUGACAGAGGAACUCACGUCAAGCCAAGAGAUCCAACUAGUACAGCUCUGCCCCAGAUUAUUUCCCAAAACUGUGUAGAAUCUUGGGGCCCAGAUGCCCCUACUCCUGGCUAAGACUUUCAUGGUGUCUGAGGAAAUGAGGCCAUGGUAGCCAGGGAGGCAACUUCCCUUUUACAGUGUCUGAGGGCCCUCCUCCUGACCUCCUGAGGUUAACAGGGAGGUUAGCUCUCCCCAUGGAUUUUGUCUCUCUUGUCCUCUAGCCAUCUCCAGCCCAGUGUUCUGCUGUCAGGAGUGGAAUGAUCCUUCCCCUGGUCUCCCACCAAAAGCCAUUUCUGCAAAUGCAAAAUGGUUGAACUGGCCUGAGCUCUCCAAAGAAGCUUUAAUUGAGGCCAAAGGCAAGAUAGAAGCUCAGCCAGGGCUGGCACCUGAGCUCAUGUCCAUGAUCAGAGGGAGAGGCAACCAGCUGGAGGUACCUUUUCUUCACUCCUCUCCUACCCUGGUUCAAAUAAGAAGAGUGAGGUGCACAGAUGUGGGCUCAGGUGACUGUACAACUCAUGCGCACCUCUCUGGUUCUGGUUCUUAUGAAACAGUCUAGAAGAGGCGGCUUGCAGGACAUUAGUCAAGAAAAGGUCAUUUUGGCCUUACUGCUGAAGAUUUUAUUAUGUAACCCUUGCCACACAGACAAAAAAAAAAAAAUGCAGUAAUAUAGAGCCAGUCCUGCAGGCCAGGUGACUACUUCAUGCCAAGGAUGUGAGCCUAAGAGGACCUUUCAUGGUGGCCCUGGAAGUGGUCCAGACACCACAGCCACUCUGCAGAUGCGGUUGGCCAUUUCUUAUUCUCUAGACAUGGAGACAGUCAGCAUGGCACUGAGGAUGACAGAGAACAGCAAAGAACAAUGGAGUGAGAGAUAAAUCGACCGGUAUUUGAGCCUGGGUUGGGGAACAGAUGUCAGUAGCAUUUGCAAGAGCUCUUUGACUCAUAACUCCCUCAUAAGUUCCAUGUGAUCCAGUAACUUGUUUGUGGACCAAGAUGCCUCACUCUGACUGUUCUUACAAGAGAAUGAAGAUCAAAUGCGCUUUGGAUUAGAUUACUUCUGAGUAUGUCUAAAGCCAUCAUCUCCAGUGGGGAAGAAUCACAGUAUGGAACGCUAUGUUGCUGGGCCAAGGUUGGAGGGGGAAUGUCAGGAUCCCAGGCUCCACUAGGAUUGACUGGGAGUGGCAUGAACUGCCCUCUGAACUUCUGCAUCCAGAGAGCUGCAUCUGAGAAAGACCCUUCUAAAGGUUGAAAAAGGAAGGUAUCAACCACUACACUUACUCUGAAAACCAGGCUGCUCUUGUUUCAUCCCACCUGCACCUUGCCUUUUCUUUUUUCCUGUUCCAAAAGAAGGCCAGGAAAGAAACUCCUAGGCCUGCCAAGAGAUUCUGAAAAAGCAGGUGUCACACGGCAGUCAUUUGUAGCAUCCGCAGUGUAGCCAGCACCCUGGGGAGGCGUGUUCUGCUCAGCAUGGCAGUGUUCUACGAGAGGAGGUAAAUUCUGGCACGCUCUUCAGUCACAUCCCCGGUCUUUCUCUUACUCUGGCAUACCAAGGCCCAUUCCACAUGUUGACAUGGUUUAGCCACAUAAGGAAAUGAGUUUCUGGAGGUAAACGUUACAUGCCCAGAACUCACAGAUGGUGUUGGGUCCCUUGCUAAAGCGCUAAUGGCAGCUCCUGUUUGCAGCCCAAGCAGAACAGAAGAACAUACAGGAGAGCUCUGCCUUCAGUGUCUGGGCCAAGUGCCAGGGCAAGGAAGCCAGAAUGAUGCAAGUUCUAAAGUGGGCUUUACCCAGGCCAUGUUAGACUGAUUCUCAUGGGAAACUGGACAGCCUUCAUUAGCUACGUAGGCUCCUUGGCAAGGGGCCUGUAAUACCUAAAACAUGGAAGGCCAAAACUGGUACACACACUCCUAGUAAGCAUACGGCCCAGGGUUGACCCCUACCUAGCAUCAAAAAGAAAAAACUGCACGUGUGCCCACAGCUGAGUGGGGAGCCGUGCCGUGUUGGUGGAACUUGGGCCUAUCUCACUGCUGGCCAAGUGCCUGACAGGGUAACAGAUCAUGGAGGGAGACAGGAACAACUUGCCAGUAGGACCAGAAAUAGUCACAGAAGCAGGUGGUGAAAGCACACAAGCCCUUCUGCCUCCAGUGCCAGCUGCAGGGUAAUUUCCAUAAAUUCAAAUUGAUUCUUCUCACCCACCACACCGUAUCCCUCAGGCCUCAAGGUUUUUCAUAUUUCCACUGAUAAACUACCACAACAUCAAAUCUAAUGCAAAGAUUUUUUUUUUUAAUCUUCAAAAUUUUUGGAUAAAAGAACCUGAUCUACCCCUAUCUGUUAGCUGCUGGCCUGGGUGGCCCCUCCUGGCUGGGCUGCCACCUCUGCUGCCCAUUCUUCUACCAGCCCUCCCUCACCCUUGUUCUCAGAGGCCAGAGACUGAGACCCUCCCUGUUUCUCCACUGCCCUUCCAGUUCCCAGAAGGAAGAGCUGGAGUGGGUGUUUCUGUGGGGGAGGUGUGCCCAUGAUGCGUAACUUUUUACAAGUAAACCUCAACACUCCAUCCCCAAAAUAAAAACGGAAACAACGAAGAUCUUAGAUCUUCAACAACACACAGCAUGGAAUCGAGCUGGUCUAGCAGGUAGUGUGCCCGGCUAGAGUCUCCUCAGGUGGCUAGGGCUACGGCCUCAGAGUGCACCCCUCUAGAGCUAGGGGCAGGUCUACGUACCCAGCGGACAUUCCAAAGGAGGCUUUUGCUGUUGAUUAGCAGAUCACAGCGAUUUCCACACUUCCUAAAGUCGUUAAAAGCAUGAGUUUAAACUAAGUGCAGUAUUCCAAAGAACUCAAAAUCACCUAGGGGGUGGGGCGGGAAAGCAGAAGCAUUUCGUCUUAAAACUUCCUUAAAGAGGGGGGAAAAAAACAUGCUCUACAACUUCGAAUUUUUCUUGCAAAGAGAAAUUUAAUAUUAGAUGAGAGGUUGAACCAGGCUGGAAGCAGACAUACUGUGAGGUGGUGCAGCCUGGAAAGCCAGGCAGCAGUGACGGGUGGACUCUGGGAAAGAUAGUCAGCCGUCCCCACCGAACGACCGAACACGUGGUGAGUGUGAGAGGCUGAUGUUACCAGUCGCACAGGCAGACAGACAAGAGUCCAAGGUAAACGCUGAUGGUGGUUUAGCCCUUUAGGAGAACAGCGCACUCUGCAGCUGGUGUGAAGUUACCUUGAGCCUCGGGGGAGCCCGAGGGCAGAAAAAAAAGCUGCCUAAAGCUCUCAUGGCAGAGCCAGCUGUGUGAAGAGAGCUCCCCAUACAAUGAAAUUAUUACACAGUUUACUCUGAAGAACAGUUUGCAUUUUAAUAAAAAAGGCUUUGUGUCAGGAAA